AUGCGAGUUCGUGCACGCGCUCAAGCUCAAGUGAGCUGUCGCAUUCGUAACGUCUUUCCAAACAACCCUCCCGAGCGUGAGGAGCCUGCCAGCAGUGGCAUGCAGAUCCACGUUCCGGAUGACCGGCGUCCAUCUUUGGUGGACGGGGCCUUGCCCACCGGGCUAGUGCCUAUACACGUCUCCAAUCUGCACGCACAGCAUGCGCUUCGAAUCACUGCAGUGUCCAGCGACAGCAGUGCCCGGGUUGAGCUUGUGUCCGCCACACCAAUUUUGAUAGCGCCAGGCCAGCAUGCGCUCGUACCCAUUCGCGUUCAGCUCUCCACUGCAUUUCGCCUUUCAUGUCCCCUCGUCAUCACUUUGACCCUGACAGCUCAAGCCCAGCGUUGGCCUCCCGAAGAGGCCACCGGUGAAUUUGAUCACCAAGCGCCCAAAGGCAUGGUUCUGUCGCAAGCUACACCGCUGCAAUUGGAAUGUCGACGCAGUGUCAACCAAGCCUUUGAUUUUACAUUCUUGGAUGCCGAUGGCGCUGUGCAGCUGGCGAGUGCGCUUGCCCCGCGCUCACCCUGUCCCAGUGCCCCGGAAGCGAGCUGGUCUCGGGGUGCAUCCUGGACAACGGAUUUGCAGGCCACUCUUCCAAAUGCGCGCGCUUGCCCUGUGAUCAUCUCCUUCCAUGGCACCGGGGUGUCCGCACGGCGCCAGGCCGAGAGCUACAAAGUGUCCUCAGCCGUUCUGGCUGCGGAAUUAGCACAGGAAGAUGAAAAACGGAGAGCCUGGCUUUCAGGGGUUCAAAAAGGGGAUGACUGGGUCUUUGGUUCGCCCAACGCCUGGCUGAUUGCGCCAACUCGCCAUGGUGCUCACAACUGGGAAGGUCCUGGGUAUCGUACCGCCCUUGCCGCGCUUGAGCACCUUCAUUGGCUCAGCCGGCACCCAGUGUUUUGCUCCAGUGCUCAGCAGCAGUCUUGUCCACACGAGUGUGCCGCAUCUCUGAGGCAGCAGUCAAGCUCUGCUUGUCAGCGUGCCUGUAGUGUACCCUUCCGGCCCCCUGUGUCAGGCUCUGUCUCGGAUGCUCUCCUCAAUGCGACUCACCAACAGGUGGGCGAGGUGCAAUGCCAUGCACGCCUUGCUGACAUCGAUCGACUCAUCGUGACAGGUCACUCUAUGGGUGGUCAUGGUGCCUGGCAUUUUGGCACGCAUCAACCAGACCGGCUUCUGGCCUUGGCUCCAGCGUCGGGAUGGCUCUCCAAAGAGCACUACGGUGACUCCAAUGCUUGGCUGCACUUUGAUAUUGGACGUGCGAGCCUGGACCCGUUGCUAGCAGCCGUAUUCGAGGCAAGCUUUCGCCACAACGACGUUGACAAACACGCAAGCAAUUUAAAGGGGAUUCCGAUAUAUCACCGUGUGGGUACAGCCGAUCGAACGGUGCACCCCUUCUUCCAUCGUCGACUGCAGCGCAUUCUUCAAGAGCAAGGUAUAUCCGCACACGCGGAUGAAUUGCACAACAAGGAGCACUGGUGGUGGGACAGCCAGAAGACCAAUGAUGGGGGCGCAGUAUUUGAUCAGACCUUUCGCGACUUUUUUGAUCAAGUCCUGAACGCCCAGCCCGAGUCACAAUGCAAAUCAGGACAAAAGGCUCGGCUGGUGGUCUACGACGUCGCAACCACCGGAUCCAAGUGGGGCGUGCGCGUGCUUGCGCAGCGUAUGGCCCAUGGCAAAAGUUUGGUUGAGAUUGGCGUGGAAGGGCCGGGGGCUGUAGUCCUGUCAACGCACAAUGUGUUGCGCCUCAGCUUGACCCCCCUCCGUGCUUGCCCAGAGCUUCUCCAGGGUACCAUCAGGAUAGAUGAUCAGCUAAUGGCGGUAACAGGCAGCUUUGGGCAACCACUGGCGUUUUGUCUUUGUGCGAACCAUAGUUGGAGUCGGUGUGAUGCCUUCGGUGUGCCAGCGACGCAUCCACACGCUGUUGCAGACCAACCGUUCGCCAUCCGCCCUCUCAAUCCUGAACAUUUGCCUUGGGCGGUCUUCAUCAACAAUCAGUUUAUGCAAACCUCGGAUGUGGCUGCGUCGAUUGCAACGUCUGCUGAGCGUUGGCAGGCUCAUGAGAUCGUGUUGGCCACGGCAGAUAACAGUGCUGCACUGCGAUCUUGGGUUGAGGCUCAUCAGCCAGUCGUCACUGAACACUUUGCUGUCAAUGAGGCCUGGUGCCAGCUAGUCUGGCUCAGCAACGCUUCUGACACUGCAUGCGCCAAUCAAAGUCAACGGGCAUCACCAGCAGCCAGCAUUCUGCUGACCAUGCCCGCAGUGACAAGUGGACAAGUGUCUUCUGAACUUGGUACACAGCUGCUGCUCUUUGGCAUGGACGACGCAAGUCUUGAGGCGCUGAUUGCAAACACAGUGGUGCCCACCAUCCCACCGAUGGCGCGUAGUCCGUUCUCGAACAUGCUGCCAGAUUGGUUCAUGGCCAGCGCGCAACUGGCGUCCGAGGGCCUUGGUGCUGUUCGUGCGGCUGGGUUUUGGCAAGAGAAGCCCAUCGAGUAG